CACAUGUCCCCUCGAGCCCAAUUUUCAAGAGGUUUUCGAUUUUGCGUCCUUUGCUUAUUGACCCAGGUUUUCCCGCGUCGUCGAACUUUGUCGCUCUUUACUGCCGCACCAGCGUUCUAGCGUCUGCUGGCUUUCCGACUCCUGUCUGGCCGCUCGUUACAUCAGACUGGAAGAAAGUUCAAGUUUCGCGUUACGAGGAAUCGGUUCUUUUCCAGAUCUGGCCAUCUUUUUUCGAUCUCAAACGUCCAGAAGCAGACAUCACUACUCUUUUGUCUAUUGCUCCUGGCAAAAAUCAAGACACUACUGGUUCUUCUGGCCGCCCACACAGUCAAAUUCUUGGCUCGUGAUAGACAGUCUGGUGAUUUCCAAGAGAGAACAGCCCGCGACCUAUCAAUGCAGAGAUAAUCGUGCGCUUGCGUAGCACGAUAAACCUGCGCUCAACGACAACAUGAGCCAGGUCUCCCAUCCCGUCGGGAACGGGACUGAUCUGAAUGGCGCCUGUCCAGCUCCAUUUCUAGACGCGUCCAAAUUCACCAGCGGUGGUGGACACAUUGCCGGUCGCUUUUGCGCAAAAAUUUCACAGUUGCCCGGGGAUCCAGAAUGCUGUCUCCCCUGCCCCGCGACAGACUGGCUGUAUCCGCAAAGCUUCACAAUAUGGUAUCGAGUAUCGGAAGCCAUAUCCGCAGUGGGCCUUGCCAUGUGUGUUUUUCUUCUGCUGUCGUGGGCCAUCCUCCCUCCAAACAAGACCCGUCGACAUUAUCUCAGCGUCUGUCUCACGUUAGGCGUUGUUCUAGAAGCUCUCGCAUUUGUCAUCCCCUUAGCUGUGAGACCGAAGCAGUGCUACGAUCAAAUCACGCCCAAUGAUAUGUAUACCAGUCUGACAUGCGCUUGGUCUGGAGCGUUCAUUGUGGGAGGUGGUCUUAUUGUUGUGGUUUGGACCUUCAUGCGUGCCUUGUCGAUGCAUCUGCAGAUCUGCUGGGAUAUUGUGCCUGGUCAGAUGUUCUUCUACGUCUCACAAGGCGUAGGGUGGGGUGUCGCGGGAGUCUUAUUCACCGUCACAAUGACCAUCACGGGUGUUUCCUUCCGCUUUGGCGAAGCUUGCCACGUGAAUCCAAACAACUCCAUGGCCGAUUUCUGGGGACCUUUACUCGGAAUCUCGGUCGCCGCAGCUGUCAUUCAGAUAUUGACGUUCUUCUACUGUAUAAAGGUCUAUCUUAAGAACGCCUUCUCAGAUAGUCCACCCGCGACCACUGGGAGCUCUGGACUUCCGUCAUAUCAUUCAUCCAGCAUUCGAACUGCGUCAGCACGAGCAGUGUAUCAACGUGUCAAGAAGGUGCUUUGGCUUCAAUGGAGAAGCAUCACCAUCGUUAUGUUCGUGCUUGUCGACAUUAUCUUCUUUGCCAUCGUCUGGGUGCGAAUGGACAACACUCUGGAAACCGUUAACGAGGGCGAUAUAGAUCGCUUUUUGCCAUUCUUGACGUGUCUCUUCGUCAACGGCGAGGCUGGCAAAGCCAAGUGUUUUGCCGAUGGUCAAAAAGCAUUAACCAACGAGAGCACUGCCCUUGCCAUCCUCAUGCUGCUAGCAUUGAUUGGUGUUCAAGCCGGUCUGUUGCUGAUCCGCGGAGCUAUGUUCACUGGAUGGUAUGAGUUGGUGAAAUCCAAGUUCAGCUCCAACCGUGAGUUCGUGUCUCUGGAUGCCAAGAUUGGCCACCAGGAGCACAGCCGUUUUGAGCUUGUGAAAGUUGGCACACCGGUUGUGGAGGAAGACGAUGUCAGCCCCUUGUACAAGUACCAGGACUACGGGAGGAGAACAGAUGCUCCAGGUGCUCCUGGUACUCAGGGUACUCAGGUCACUCAGGAUACUCAGGGUCAGGCCUCGCUUGCAAAGACUGACCGACCUUACCGACAAAACACAAUGAGCUUCUCGGGCCCCAGGCCGCCAUCUGCUUCGGGCCAGCGCGUCGAUCCUCGGGUGCCGCAAAGAGCACCUUCGACGCGCGACACGCAAUGGCCCAAUUACAGCGACCGGAAUCCGUACAACUGGGGAGGAAGUUGAGAAGACUCGAUUGAGGCUGAAGAAUCAGCGUUAGGCAACAACGACGUAACGACUUGAACGAAGCGACGACCAAAAGCUGGGAGCCACCUUGUCUGCAACUGCCGUUACGACAGGUUCGCAUCCACGUCGACGGAUGCGUGGGUUGGGGUAUGGGAUCCGGGUUGGAGGAAAAGCGAUUUCUUACCCUAUCAAAAGAGGAGUUUAUGUCACACAUGGGGGGUUUUGCUUCUUGAGCACGGCGUCUCGGAGGAACUAGGGGAUCUGUUUGCUUUCCCGGUGCAUCGCGGACAUGCGCUGGCCAGGACGGAGGCGGGCACCGGCACUGUAUAUGUGGAAUUACUGGAAAUAUGUCUUGGUUCUGAGGCAACUACCUUUCUGCCCCAUCCCAAAAAAAAUUCUCUUUGUUCACCGUCUCAGAGCGGUAGAGAGUUUGUGUAGCAUUACCAAUGUUAAAAACACACAUCAAAAGUCGUGUGCUACCCGACAAUCUCGUCGUCUUUCCUUUGGUCUCAUCAAAUCACAGUCCAGGGCUUGGGGAGCUGCAAGAGUAAUGCUCUUGACUAGGGCAGUUUGCUGUCGAGGUUGG